AGCAGGACAUAGACUAUUGGUACUACAGACACAGACAUGUUAUGUCCACACCACUCCACUGCAGUGUCUCAAGAUGGGACACCCUUUUUCUAAUUUAUUAAGAUGAAUCAAAACCAAGUGACUUUUUAUAGUAAGACUAUUGAUGAAAUUGCUUUUAGUAAUGUGUUCUGGUCUGAAUGGAUAGCUUGUACUUUUAAUUCAGUUUAGUUUUUAGACUUCUGUCUAAAGUCUAGUUUCGGAAAAUCUUCUGUGCUCUUGCAACUAUUUGUAGGGCUGCUAUAAAUAGGGCCUGCUGGCAACACAUGCGUGUCAACGAUAGGCAGUUACAGAGAUUUUCUUCACAGACCCUGGCUGCAAAGCAACACUGAUAACAUCUCAAUGGGGCUUUUACAUGGAUAACACCAAUAAAUCUGAGCGUUGAACAUAGACAAUCCUUGGACGUGAACACGGAGUAGAUCACACUGUGGGUGAUACAUUUCCCUUGGAUUACAUUUUUCUUUGUGAAUUGCUUCUGUGGACGAUGACUUCCAGAAGGCCAAUGGCUCGCUCUUUCUCUGGCAACGGGAGGACAGGCAGCUUCAGUGAAGAGGAGGGCAGCUCUUCCAAUGGCCGCUCAGAAAGCCGCAAUCCUUACCUCUCGAAUGUUAGGCCUGAAAACAGGAGCACAUUGUGCAGCGUCAUGGCUCAGCUGACUGAGGACAUACAGCCGUCCUUUGAGAACACCUUGAAAUCAAAGGCAGUGUCAGAAAAAUGUAACGUGAAGUUCACCUGUGAGGUAUCAGGUUACCCAGCUCCAGAACUAAAAUGGUAUAAAGAUGAUAUGGAAAUGGACCGGUACUGUGGACUCCCAAAAUAUGAAAUUCAUCGUAACGGAAAAAUCCACACCCUCCAUAUUUACAACUGCACAUUGGAUGAUGCAGCCAUCUAUCAGGUUUCAGCAAGCAAUAGCAAAGGUAUUGUUUCCUGCUCGGGAGUUUUAGAGGUUGGCACCAUGAACGAGUUCAAGAUCCACCAGAGGUUCUUUGCCAAGCUGAAGCAGAAAGCAGAAAAGAAGAAGAAUGAACUGGAUGAGCACGCAAAGAAGGGGGAUAAAGAAAACAUUCAGAAAGAGAAACCACAAUGUAGCCCUGAACGCCCUCAAAGGAAGCGACAUGUCCCACCACUAGAGAAGAGGCCAGCGGUCAACGAGCCUGAGCCUAUGGAACAACUGGGAGCUGCUGCAGAACCUAAUGGUGUUAGCUCUGCCCCUGUGACAUCCAAAGACCUGGAGAAGGAGAUAUCUCCAUCCGAGGAAACCUUGGCCAAAAAGAAAAUAAAGAUCACAAAUGGUGUAGAUGCUGAGGUUAACAGCAGCAGUAGCAAAAGCAGCGGCAGGACCCAUAUAAUGGGGAAUGGAGGUGAAAACUGUUAUGAUGGAGGAAUUGGUUUGGCACAAUUUCUGGCAGAGACCCUCCAGUCCCAGGCUGCUGAGGAGAAACAGAACUCAUCCCGAGGUGAAACACCUAAAGAGAUGAAUAUACCUAUUGUAAGUGCCAGUAAAGAGAGAGAGCAAGAGAGGAUGCAAAAAGUGAGGGAAGAACAAGGAAAAGAGGAAGACUAUGUGAGAGAGAAAAUGAGAGAAGAAGAAUUGGCCACAGAGAGGGAGAAAGAAAAAGAAAGGCUGUUAGAGAUGUCGCAUACAAUAUCGCACACAAAACAUGGUUCACAAGUCAAACAUCAAAGCAAGGCUCAUAAGGAUCACGACCCCCACAACAUUCAGGCUUCCUUGUCCUCUGUGCUCCACUCAGUCAAAGACUUCUUCUUUGGUAAGAGCAAGAAGGACUCUCAUGAUCACAUUGAGAAAAAGGACAGAGAGUUUGACCACUCGCCUGCCUCAACGCCACCAUCAGUUCGGCUGCAACCGGAGCAGAAUCAAGUGUGCAAGCCUCUCAAGGAGGACGUUGUGCAUAUGGAAAUAGAUAAACCAAAGGAGCCUUCAAAAACUGUGGAUAUAGAACAACUGUCAGUGUCACUGAAGCCACAUGAACAUAAGCAUGAAGACAGUGUUCUACACACAGUCCUGCCAUCGGCACAUAAAUUGCCACCUGGAAGUGUAGAGGAGCACAGGGGGGAGAGUGUCAAAGCGGCUGACAGUGCUGUGGAGGCCAUGGUGGUGUCCGUGGGGCCGGAGAGCAGCGGUCCAGAUGAAGAAAUGUCAUUGUCUGGACUUCAAGUUCUCACUAAGGCUGAAGAGAAAGAUUCUCAGAUAGUAUCAGCUAUCAAAGAGGUUCCCGUUCACCAGCAAGAGCCAGAUUCCCUGGCAGUUUCACCACAGCCUUAUCACCUGGCUGCUAGAGAAGAGUCUUCGCCCAGGGAGGAAAUAUCUCUCCUGCUACAGACCCAAGCCCCUUAUAAAGAGGAACGCUCCCCCACAUCCACCCUCACUAGUUUGCAAGAGAGCUGGACUCCCCCUCAUAAUCUUAUCUCAUCGUCAAACAGCCAAAGCCUUGGGGAUGCACCGACUAAAACUUUACGAGAGGAGAAGAUGAAUGUUGAUAAGAUGGGAAACGAAGGUGAACCUGACACGGUGGAGAGCAGCUCCUCCAAUAAGUUAAGUGAGGAGGAGAAAGCUGAAGUGAAAUCAAACAAACAGCCGUGCUCAGAUAUAAGCAGAUAUGAGAUUGCUGAAUUAACAACAUGUUCACUGGAAGAGAGAAUAGAGCCAUAUCAAUCUAAAACACCAGAUCAUGUGCUUUUGCAUCUGCCUGCUGUGGCAACAUACGGUAGUGUGGAAGAUAAGGUUAAAGAACAGACGAACGAAUGUACUUCACUUCAGGAAAUGAAUGUAGAAUUUCCGCCCUCUGCGGCCCCAGAGAGUUUAGAGAAGGGUGACCUAAAAAUGGAGCAAUCAUGCACUUCUUCUAUAGUCUCUGAAGUCCACAAUGUCAAUGCAAUACAGAGUUCAAGCGCAGGUUUUAGUAGCAGUGAAGAGGGAAGGAAAUUGAAAGAGGGAUUGAAUUCUGCUUUAGAUUUAGAAGUUAACGCUUGUAACAAUCUAAAAGAGCAGGAGGCAAUUUUAGAAGGUGAGAGCAAUGAAACAAGGAAUGAGAGUUUACAGUUUGAAGUGGAGACAGAAAAGAUAAAAGCAGUGAAAGUAGAGGAGUUGGAUGAACCAAAGAACCUCUCAGUAAGACAAAACAAGAAAAGUAAUGCUUAUGUUUUGGAGGAACGCAGUAAUGUCGAGCAUCAAGACAGCAGUGAGAUUCAGCAGUGUCGGCCCUCAUUGAAUAUCCCACAAAUCCAAAUAUCUACUAUUGAUGACAUCCCAGAUAUUAAUCCAACUGUGGCAGGUGUAAACCCAAAUGAACAUUUUAUAAUCCCAAAAAUUGAAAUAAUGGAGCCUGAGCUCAAAGAGAGCACUCUGCCACUAACUAUUCUGGCACUAAAAAAGGAAGAAUCAGAGCCUGAUGCAAAUCUUGUGUCUGAGGUAGUAACUGAAGACCAGAAUGUAGUUAUGCAUACUGUGCUGCCCAUGCAGAACAGUACGCAGAAUGAUAGCAAUCUCUCACCUAUAGAAAAAUUAAAGGAAGUUGCGCAAUUGGAUGACAAGACAAAAAUAUGUGAGCGGGAGCCGCCGCACAUGAAAAGCAGUGAACAGCUCCCUCACUGGAUGGAUUAUACAUCAAUUCCUGUUAUAAAUGUUUCAUGCACCGAUGACAAGGAGGAUGAUGUGUUUGCAAAUGCCCAUGUUUCGGAUACAGAGCAACCUGUUGACACUCCAACGGUGCCUUUGUUUGUUGUGCCACCGAUCUCUGUCACUUGCCCACUGCCCACUCAAAGUGAGUGCACAGAAACAGAAACUUCAGCUUCCCCGCAAAUGGGAACAAAGCAUGAUGCUGGCGAUAAUAAUACCACUGCGCCGGAAAUAACUCAAAGUGGCAAACAGAACCAAGAAGAAACUGCAGAAAAGAGUAUAAAAGAAAACACUCCCUCUAUGCUAUAUGAAGCUCUAAUACCAAAGGUUGACAACAAUGUGUCAUUCAGUAGAACAACAGAAGACAACGUUGUACCUGAAGUCUUGAAAGCAAACCCCGUGAAAGAGACUAAGAUAGAUAAUUCUGUGUCUGUUGAAGACCUCCAAAGAAACAGAUCAUCUGUUGAGAGACUAUCCUGUAAACCCCCAACACAUCCAUCAUUAAGUCCAGCCAGUCUUCGUAAAUUCAUGUCCAAGGCUGCUCUAGACUCAGACAUAUUUACUAAUGACAAAGCAGACGAAGAUGUUAGUGGAGGAUCAACACCAACAUCAUCCCUCUCCUGUGAGAGCAGUCCCCAGCUGAAGCGCAGAGACAGUCUGUCACUCAUACGCUCCGCCACGCCUGAGGAGUUGGCCUCCGGAGCUCGUCGCAAAAUCUUCAUCCCAAAACCUAAAGAAGAUGGAGAGGGAGCAGUGGUUGGUGCGUUAGAUACUCAAGGCAAGAAGGACACCCCUUACAUGUCACCCAGCCAGGCUCGCAGAGCAGCGUUACUACAAGCUCCUACAGGACAAAAUACCCCACCAAUGGAGAAGCGCUCUCCGCUGCUGAGCCGCAGGAAGGUCACCUUGGAGGUGCCAAAAGUUGUGGAGGAGACUCCCACAGAAGAGCCAGUCAGCACCAAACAAGAGGAGAAACCAGCUGAAAAGAAGCUCGACCCUUUGAAAGCUCCGCAGGUCAUCCGUAAGAUCAGGGGAGAGCCGUUCCCGGAUGCCUCCGGACACCUGAAGCUGUGGUGCCAGUUCUUCAACGUGCUCAGUGACUCCACCAUUAAGUGGUACAGAGAUGAGGAGGAAAUACUAGAGCUGAACAGAAGUGGAGGAGAUGAAAGCCAAGUAGCACUGGCUGUAGUUCUAGCAUCCAGCCAUGACUGUGCAGUAUAUGGCUGUUCAAUCAAUAAUGAAUAUGGGACUGACACUACUGACUUCCUGCUCAGCGAAGACAUUCUGUCUGAGAUACUACUAAAAGAUCAUUUGGAAGUUGGAGAGGAGAUCGAGAUGACUCCAAUGCUUUUCAGCAAAGGCCUGGCCGACUGUGGCAGCUGGGGGGAAAAGUACUUUGGCCGCAUCAUGACCGAGACGGUGCAGAUCGGGGAGGGCUGCGCUCACAAAGCCAGCAGAGUGAAGGUCAUUUACGGCCUGGAUCCAGUCUUUGAGUCUGGAAGCGCCUGCAUCAUCAAAGUUCAAAGCCCCAUUGCCUACGGGAACACAAAGGAGAACAACCUUGCAGAGAGAAAUCUACAGAUCACUAAGCACGAAUGCAAAGUCCAAAACAUGAUUCGGGAAUACUGUAAAAUCUUUGCGGCUGAAGCAAGAGUAAUUGAGAACUUUGGCUUUUCACUAGAAGUGAUUCCUCAGUAUCUGAUGUACCGGCCUGCAAACUCUGUGCCAUAUGCCAGAGUGGAGGCUAAUCUUCAGGGUGUCUUCCUCAAGUACUGUAUGAUGGAUCCUAAAGGCAGGCUGAUUACACAAACCGGUUCUGAGGUGGAGCAGAAAUGCAACACCUUCCAGCAUUGGAUCCAUCAGUGGACACAUGGCAAUUUGCUGGUCACUCGACUGGAGGGUGUUGAAACAAAGAUUACAAAUGUUAGAGUUGUGACCAAGUCAAAAGGAUACCAAGGACUAACAGAGCAGGGCUCUCCUGAAGUGUUCGAACAGUUCCUGACACACCAUCAGUGCAACUACUACUGUGGACUUCUUGGCCUGCGCUCACUUAAGUCUGUGGAUAGUCUACAGCAACCCACCAAGAUAAAGGGUUCCAGGAGCCCCCUGCUCAACCGCAAGGUGGGCUCUAACAGCCCACAGCUGCAGCGGAAAGGUCACAGCCCUCAAAUGUCUAGAAAGGGUAGCCCAAAGGUCACUAGAAAAGUUCAGGAGGCAGAGGACAAUAAAUCAGGCGUCAAACCCAAGCCUGCAGAAACUGCUAAUGUUCUGGAAGUGAGGUAGGAAGAAGCGCCUCAAGAUUGCAUUACUUUGAAUGGUUCAGUAUUACCUGUUUAUUUCCAGUUACUAAAACCAGCAAGGACUUGAAGAGUGUGAUUAUUGAUGUGAAUUUCUCAGCCGUCAUUAUAGUUACAGACAUCCUCCAGCUACGUGUUGUAGUUGGAAGGCUUGUAAGAAUGUCAAACAGCUAAAGCAGUGUAUUUAACUACUACGGUAUGAAAAGAAACACUGGGUCACAGUCGAGUUGAUGUAACAGUAUUACAUAGUUUGAAACACUUGCCUCAGAGUCUUAUCAGCUCUAUGAGUGGAUUAACAACUCUCUAAACAAUAUCUGUGAACUCAAAAUCAUCAUCAUUGAACAAUCAACCGUACUUCACACUGUUAAACUUGCAUUGAACCUUUUCUCUUUUCUUUUAAUGUCUACGUUUUCAUGGUUUCAUUUAAAGACUUAUGGAGAAUAAAACCACAGCCACAGAGGGGGUUGAGGUAAUGCUGCAUUUUCAUCUGUGAUGUACAGUAUGUGUGUAGGACAUAGAGUUCAUUUUAGAGGUAUUUAAGGCUUGCAUUAGCAAUGCCCAUACAGCAUUUCUUUACACAGCAAAGUUGAGCUAAUGCUGUGGAAUUACACCAUUUUUAGGUCAAAGAUGUUUGUGUGCACUUUGUUUUUGGCAUUAUUCUUUUCGUAGUUUUUGAAUACUUUGUAUAUGUGUCUUUAAUAGGUUAUCUUGGAGUAUUUCAGUUCAUUUCAAUAUAUGCUGGUGAAGGCAAAACAAUGCGCAGUAAGGGGCUUACCGGUAAACUCUUUAACGAUGUUAUGCUCACGCUCAUUGACAUAAAAACACACGGGUGUGUUCCUAGCAAUGAGGAAAGCUGCUGAAUGACUUCCUCACAGUCAUUUGUAUCUGACCUAUGGACUGUGGGAUAAAAGCACACUGAACAAAAUAACCAAAAGAGCUGACUCAGGACUUUCAGAAGCCUGUUCAUAAGGCUCCCUGAAUGAAAUCUGUAAAGCUUUACAGCAAUCACCUUGCGCUGAACAAGAGAGCUGCGUGUUUUGCUAGCACAGGUAUUCAUAUUUAAAUUGUAACUGUAGUCACCUGCCUUUUACAAAUAAUAAAGAACCAACAUUAAAUCCAUAGGAAUUCCUUUAAUGGAUUAUUGAUCAAUGAUCAAUGAUAGUUCGCUCUUGAAUUUCAACUGCCGUUACUUUACAUCACUGUAAUGAUUGCAUGAUUAUUUAUGAUAUAAAAAUUCUAAAAGAGGUUGAAAUUAGGUUUGAAUAUUGACCAGUGAAUGGUGGUGAAAUCCCUGCAAUGUUAGGGUGUAUUGUCAUUCAAACAAACGUGUGAGUAAGUGUGUGAAUGAGUAAAUGAAUGAGUGAUUAAGAAAGAAGAAUAAAUGUGUGUUUACAAUG